UAUAGUCGGUGAAAAGUCGAAAGCACACCCGACCCGUUUCCAAGCUUCUCUUUUCUGCGUUUUCUGUUUUCAUUUUCAACUUUGCAUCGCUCCACCCACGAAGAAGAAACAAACUUCGAGUAAUUUUUUGUUGAAAUCGAUCAUCAACAAAUCAAAAAAUGGCGUUGAAGUUUCUGAACAAGAAGGGUUGGCACACCGGAAGUUUACGGAACAUCGAAAACGUUUGGAAAGCGGAACAAAAGCAUAACGCAGAAGAGAAAAAACUUGAUGAGCUUCGAAAACAAAUUCAAGAAGAACGCGAACGCAGCGAGUUUCGUCUUCUUCAGGAAAAAGCUGGCCUUGUUCCUCAUCAGGAGAGGCUAGAGUUUUUGUAUGAUUCGGGGUUGUCUGUUGGUAAGACAUCUGAAGGUUUCAAAGCGCUUGAAGCUUUGCCCAAAUCCGAUGCAACCGAUGCGCCUUCUUCUUCCGCUUCUAAGCAGGAAGCAAGUGUUCCCGGAGCUUUGUUUGAGGAUAAGCCUCAAUCUGCUAAUGAUUCUUGGAGAAAGCUUCAUUCUGAUCCAUUGCUUAUGAUUCGCCAGCGUGAACAGGAAGCACUUGCAAAGAUUAAAAAUAACCCUGUUAAGAUGGCCAUGAUCAGAAAAUCAGUUGAAGAAAAGGAACACAAGAAGAAAGAUAAAAAGAAGAAGCAUCGAUCCAGUAAAUCAAAGCAUAAAGAAAAGUCUGAUUCAGAAGAUGACAUUGGUGAAAGGAGAAAAAGAAAGGCCAGUGAUGAAGACUUUGACAAAAAGUGUCACAAGGCUCAAUCAGAUUCAGAGAAUGAAUCAAGUGAUGAAGAAAGGAAGAGAAGGAAAAGUCACUAUGACGACAAAAAAUAUAGAGAAGGAUCACCCAGUCACCACCAAAGUCAUAGCAAAGUCAAAGAUUAUAAAGAAGAUGUUGAUAACAGAAGGAAGAAUCACUAUGAAGAUAGAAAAUACAGAGAAAGAUCACCCCGUCACCACCAGAGUCAAAGCAAAGUCAGAGACUAUAAAGAUGCUGAUGACAGGCAUGAUAGCAAGUUGAAGUCAGGAAGACAUGCUCCAGAAGGUCAGUCCAAUUUUGAUGUCUCUAAAAGGGGGAAUAGGAGCUUUCGAGAACCAAGUUCUACCAGAUCUUCUGCUAAUUCACUUGAACGUGAGUCACACUAUAAGCGGAGAAAUAUGGCUCCUAAGCUUUCAGAAGAAGAGAGGGCUGCUAAACUUAGGCAGAUGCAACUUGCUGCCGAGUUACAUGAAGGGGAGAGAUGGAAACGUAUUAAGAAGGCUGAGGAGACUGAUGCACAGGAAGCAAUCCAGAACACUAGUUCUGUAGGCAAGAAUUUCUUGGAUACUGCUCAAAAAAGUAUAUAUGGUGCUGCAGAAGGGGGGAGCGCAUCUAUAGCCGAGAGUAUCCAACGGCGGACUCAUUAUUCUCAAGGAAGAUCUGGAGGUGAAGGCAAUGCAUUUAGGCGGUAAACAUUGCCUGUGGUGUUUUCAUCACUUAAUUUUAGUUAUUUGUCCCCAGACCUCUCUUUCACAUGGUUUCUCGUCCUUGUACCAACAUUCGAUUCAUUCUGUGUAUCAAAUAUUGGAAUGGAUCCUCUGAGAAUAUAAACAUGAUAAUGUCAAAUGUUGUAAUAAUGAGAUAUUAUUAUCAUGUUAAGAAUUCGUAGUUUGUCCUUUCAUGAUUCAAAAUUUUCAAUAUUGUGAUUUUGAAGUAUUCAUGUUUGAUCUGAGACAUACUGUUUCCGUAUACCGCCAAUCUACCAUACUGGUUAUUUCUGCUGGAGUUAUGUAUGUUAAGAUGUGUGUACUAUAAGAACAUUCUGUUGUGGCUACCUCGUUUUACAUACCAGGAUGGUUCUUUAUCUUAAUUUUUUUAUAUCAAUGUAAUUCUUUAUUUUAUUU